AUGAGGAUUUUAGUGUUCGUGCUUGCAAUCUUGGCUCUCUGCGCGUGUGUGUUUGGAAGGUCAAUUCCUCAGCUUAGGACCAUUUAUAUGGGAGAUUCAAUCUUUGAUGUAGGAACUAACAAAUACGUGAAAAACUCAGUUUCGCGUUGUGACUUUGUUCCAUAUGGGGAAACACAGUAUGCCAAACCAUCUGGGAGGUGUAGUGAUGGAUUCAUCAUCCCAGAUCUGAUAAACAAGGCCCUGGGUUUGCCCUUUUCCAGGCCAUUCCUGGGUUUGAAAGCUGAGAGCCAAGUUUUUCCUAGUAUCAACUUUACAUCUGAUGGUAGUGGAUUACUCGACUCGACUUAUUCGGACUGGGGUGUCGUGCCAUUUAGUGAGCAGCUAAAACAACUCAGGGAAUUCUCCAUGAAGAUCUCCAAGAAGAAUCUCAAUGACUUUGUUGUUGUGAUCUCUUCUGGUGGAAAUGAUAUCGCAGCAAAUCUUCAAAACAUUAUGGAUGUGGACUUGGAAGGGAUGUUAAUGUCAUUAGAGAAAGGUUUGCAACAACUUUACGAGUAUGGUUUUAGGAAGAUCAUCUAUUCAAGCGUUGGGCCGCUAGGAUGCUCACCUAUUGUUACUUCAGGAGGAAAUUGCGAAUUGUGGUCGUCUCCUUCUAACCCCAGAGUUCGAUCUCCACUUCCGCAGAAAGAAACGGAUGAUCAAUUGUGCUGCAUCUUGUUGAACGCGUGGGACUCCAAGGUACUGCCGAUGCUUGACUUGGAUGACAAUCCAACGACUGAGUCCAUUUGGGAUUCGGAAGACUCAAAGAUCAUCGAGCAAGAAUGCUUCAGGGACGUGUGGAAGCUCAAGGUGGAGCCUUUUCCAGUGUGA